AUGUACUGUAUUAUCACUAAUCACUGUUAUAACGUCUGUAGCUGCGUAAAUUCCAGUAUAUAUACCAUAGUCUGUAGCAGGGGCGGACUGACAACUCAUGGGGCCCCCGGCCAAUAGGGGAUCAUGGGGCCCCUGUGUCCUUGCCCAAACUCAAAAAAAGCCUAUGAAAAAGGUACCAGGGGCAUCUCAUGGUGCCCUCUACUGACCCCGGGCCCUCAGGCAUUGCCCGAGUUUCCAAAUGGUCAGUCCACCCCUGGUCUGUAGACACUA